AUGUGUCUGCUUUAUGCUUUCUUUGUUUUGCUCUCUCUUAGCUAUGGUUUCGAUCCUAACUGUCCUGGAAGAUGCAGCUGUGAUUCAGAGCAGUCGGUGCAAUGCUACAGGCUAACGGAGGUGCCGUCAGGUAUUCCUUCCACCACCAAGAAGCUCUACGUCAGUCAUAGCAAAAUUCAGCACCUUCAGCUGUCUAACUUCACUCAAAUGUCAGCUCUAGAAGAUUUUAUUCUGCUGGCCAGUGGAACAGAGUCGGUAGAAAAUGACACUUUCAAGACUCUGAGUACUUUGAAGACCUUGGAACUCUGGAAAAAUAAGUUAAGACAGGUCCCCAGUGCUCUCCCAGCCAGUCUUGAAGUGUUAAAACUAAAUGAUAAUUCAAUAUAUGUCCUUCACGGAUCUGAUUUUGAAGGACUGAAGAAAUUAAAAAUCCUUGAACUGAAAAACAAUCUGAUCUCUUCUCUCCCUCCCAGCAUGCUCUCUUCUCUUGUCAGUUUGCAAAGCUUGGUGUUGGACAGCAACAAUAUCGAGUCUGUGAAUGGACCACUGGCACUUCCCCAUCUGAAACAUCUGAGCAUGGAGAAUAAUAAGCUACAUCUCAUACCAGCUAGCUUCUUCACUUCUCUUCAGUCUUUGCAGUUUCUCAGUUUCAGUAGUAACUUUCUGACUAAAAUUCCUAUUAACCUGCCCAAAUCCUUGCUCUCAUUAAAAAUGGAGAGAAACCGGCUCAAAGUGGUAAGGUUUCAAGAUAUGAAACAUUUGGAGAAUCUUUCCCAUCUUUACCUGUCAGAAAACUCACUCUCUUCCAUAGAUGGGGCACAGCUCCUUGCCAAUUUAACUACCCUUGAGCUGUCCCAAAACCAGCUUCAAACGUUGCCCCUCAGACUACCAGCAAGGCUACAAAAGCUUGAUAUCAGCAACAAUCUGAUUCAGAAAGUUACAGCACAAGACUUCCAGGACCUCCGAGACUUGAAACAUUUGUUUCUGGACAACAACAUUGUCAGCUUGUUUGAAGCUGGAGCCCUGCAAAGGUGUUCCCAGCUCUCCAACCUGGCCCUGGAGCAGAACCUGCUCUUGUCUAUACCUCUACGGCUCCCGGCAACCUUAGCAAGGCUGGACCUAAAAGGCAAUGCCAUCCAGGAUAUUGCUGAGAGGGAGCUCAAGGAUCUGAAGCAGCUUCAGGUUCUAAACCUUAGGAACAACAAGAUCUCUGCCUUAGACCUCAAAGCCUUGGAGGUGUUGCCUCGCCUCAGGCAUCUGUAUCUGGAUGGAAAUCCGUGGAAUUGCACCUGCAGUCUCCUGAGAGCCAGGGAGGUCCUGAAGGCCAAGGGCACAGAUGUGAGGGGAGGACAAUGUGCGGCACCAGCUGAACGACAAGGGGAGAGCUGGAUGUCUUCCAAAAAGAUAAUGAAGCAAUGUGAGCAUCACUUGCAUCUGACCGAGAAAAGCAAAGAGACCAAAAAGAAACCAAAGCCUGAAGAGCACUCCAGCAUCAGAAUCAAUGUGGAUGACGAUUAUUAUGAUUAUGAGAUAGAUUAA